AUGGAGAGCCACCUGCCGGGAUCACCUACACAGGCAAGAUGCUCGUCGCCAAAGGACUUUGUACGGGGAGACAUGAAGCCCGCACCUCUUCGACUCUCUCCCAAGAGCAAAGAAACAGACGAAGCAUCAGGUGUUUCACAACAACAACCAGGUGCAAGCUUCAUCGAGAACGCAACAUCUACCGAUGAGUUCACUACGACUGAACAAUUCAACGACAAAUUGCCUAGACAUCCAACACAGCUGAAAACCCCGCCCUUGGCUGCUGUCGUAUCAAAGUUCGAGAUACUUGACAUAAUGACUGAUCUCGAGACACAAGCUACUGCCAGCCAUGGUGCGUCGAGCGUAGAAGUGCCUCGUUCGCCAGCCGAGAACCGCGCUGUCCGUAAGGAGAUAGGUUUCUCGGUCAAAUCUGGUCCUGCAAAGGAACCUCCACCUGGGCCAGGCUAUGAAGAAGUGGUGGAGUUACAGUCAAUCCCAAGCCCGAGCCAGAUCUCACCUCGUCGGAGUCCGUCAUGCGAGCCCCAGAACAGCCUACAGACUGGAAUUCGAGCAGCUGUAGAACAAACAACCUACACUUUUGAUCCAUUUACUGGAGAGAGGCGGCCUAACAAAGCUGGAAGCUCCGAUGGGCGGCGUCAGGACAAACCUACCGCUGCCAACUUUCAGCAACUACGGUAUCACGCCACAGACACAGACACCUUGCUGUACACUUCCCCGGACUAA